UUUGUUCUAAAGAUAGGAUAUUGGCGUUUAACGAGAACUAAUUCGAGAAACAAAGGAAUAAGAUCGCGGUGCGAUAUUUGUCAAACGGGAAUUUUUAAUCGCCGGGAAUCAAGAAGAAUUCUUCGCAAUAUGUUCCGAAAUACUUAUCAGGGCAGUUUUUUAUCUAUCUUGUACAGUUGCGGAUCCUCUCCUUUGGAAUUGUGGGGCAUGCGUGUGAGAAAUGGAUACAUACGAAGAGUCACGGAUGAGGAGAUAAAAUCGUUAGCGUUGGAAGUAUCCGGCACCAAUGUGGCUACAACUUACAUCUUCUGUCCGGCAGAUCCGAAAAAAGUGCUCGCUAUCAGGCUACCGUUUCUCAUCAUUAUUAUCAAAAACAUGAAGAAGUAUUUCACAUUCGAGAUAACAAUAUUGGACGACAAAGAUAUGCACAGGAGAUUCCGUGUGAGCAAUUUUCAGAGCACAACGCGCGUCCGUCCGUUCUGCACGUCCAUGCCCAUCGGUCUCGAAAACGGAUGGAAUCAGAUUCAAUUCAAUCUGUGCGACUUUACGCGACGCGCGUACGGCACAAAUUACAUUGAAACCACCAGAAUGCAGAUCCACGCUAACUGCAGGAUCAGAAGAAUUUACUUCGCCGACAGGCUUUAUUCGGAGGACGAGUUGCCGGAGGAUUUCAAGCUCUUUUUCCCGGUACAUCGAAAGAAAUGCGUCAGAGAAGAGAUGGUGUUGAAGAAACCCAGUAUCGUGCCUGAGCCACCACCUAUUGUCGCGGAAGAAUUACCUGUUGAACCAGAAAUAGAAAAACCGAUUGAGAUGAUUUCAGAGGAAAUUGAUUUAGCAGAAGUCGUGUCUGAAAUGUAUCCAGAAGAGGAAGAAAUGUAUUAUGAAGAGGAGGAAAUAUAUCGUGAAGAGGAGGAAGAAGAGGAAGAGGAGGAAAGAGAAAAAGAGGAAGAGAGAGAAGAAGAGGAAGAAGAAGAAAUAAAAGAGACUGAGGAAGUUGAGGAAAAAGCUCCACUUCCUGAUGAAGAGACUGAACUUGAAGAAAAAGUAACUGAACCUAUAGAACCACUUCUCGAAGACGAAGACGAGGAAAAACUUAUAGCUGCAACUUUAGAAGAAGAGGAUACAAAAGCUGAGGAUGAAGAGUAGAUAAGACGUAA